AUGAACUCAACUGGUUAUCCAUCCAAGCCUGCCCAGGAUGAUUUUAAAGAAGCUUUCUUCAAAAACUUCAUUGUUGUUUUCUUGGGCAUCACAAUCAAUUAUGUUAAUGGAAUUUUUGUGUUCAUAUUCUCCAGGAGUCCAGUUUUUUACAUGGAGUCAAGGUACAUACUGUACAUACAUCUGGUGAUCAAUGACAUGAUCAUGCUUUGCAUAACAGUUAGUUUACAUGUUGUAAGCUAUACCAUGCCAUUGAUAAAUGUGUCAGUCUGCUGUGUUCUACUACUUGUGGGAUCUGUGACCACUAAGAACACUCCCAUGAGUCUGGCUGGAAUGGCAGUUGAACGCUACAUCGCUAUCUGCAAGCCCCUGCGUCACUCACAGACCUGCACCGUGAGAAGGACCUACAUGCUCAUUCUUCUUAUCUGGUCUGUGGCAUUCAUCCCAGAACUGGCUGAUAUUGUCAUUUUGUUCCUGACUCGACCACUAACUAUUUUCACCUCCAGAAUUUUGUGUUAUCGUUUGGCUAUAUACAAUACAUCUCAUCAUUUAGACAAAUCUGUGGUAUUAAAUGUACUUCUCCUGUCUUUUGUGUGGAUUACACUGAUCUAUACUUAUUUCAGAAUUUUCAUUACUGCUAAAACUGCAACAACUGAUCAAGUUUCUGCUAAAAAGGCUCAGAACACCAUUUUACUACAUGGCGUACAGCUGCUGUUCUGUAUGAUGUCUUAUAUUGCUCCUUUGUUGGAAUUAAUUCUCUUUCCACUUUUCCCCAAUGAUAAAACAAAGAUAAUGUUUUCAACUUUUAUAAUAACAAAUAUCUUACCAAGAUUCCUAACUCCUUUGAUAUAUGGGAUUCGAGACCAGAAAUUUGUUACACAUAUUAAAAAACUACUGAUACUGUAA